AUGUCCUCUCGUCCCUCAGGUCGCCGGCGGCGACGUGACUUGGAGGACGACGAUUCAGAAGAGCGUUCUGAUGCGUCGGAAGGACCGAAGCGGCCUCGCCUGGGACGACGUGCCAACGAUUUCGAUGUCGACGAUGAUGAGGAAGACCACAGAAACGGGACCCAAGCCAAUGGGGUGAACGGAACAACAAGCCAUUUCGACAAAGAUGGCUUCUCGCCUGGCGCCAUUCGCCGCGUCAAAGUCGAGAAUUUCGUCACAUACGAAAUGGCAGAAUUCUUCCCUGGACCAAAUCUCAACAUGGUUAUCGGACCCAAUGGAACGGGAAAGAGUUCACUCGUCUGCGCUAUCUGUCUAGGCCUCGGCUUCAGCCCGAAACACCUUGGCCGAGCCGGUAACGUCAAGGAGUUUGUUAAGCAUGGCAAGUCUUCCGCCAUCAUCGAGAUCGAGUUACAGCGCCGUCCCCAAGACCGAUCACACCAUGUCAUCCGAGUUCAGAUCGAUCGUGAACGAAACAGUCAGAAAUGGUGGUUGAACGGCAGGGAUACUACGCACAAGACGAUACAGGGCCUCAUGAGGGACCUCAAGAUCCAGGUCGACAACCUCUGCCAGUUUCUGCCACAAGACCGAGUUGUCGAGUUCGCAUCCGCUACGCCCGUCGACUUGCUACACGAGACUUUGCGUGCCGCUGCGCCACAGGAGAUGCUGGACUGGCAAAAGAGCCUCCAAGACUUGCACAAGGAUCAAAAGGAACUUCAGCGUGGUUCCGACUCGGCAGGCGACCACUUGAGACAACUCGAAGAUCGGCAAAACGAUAUGCAGCAGGAUGUUGAUAGACUACGCGAAAUAGAAGAGGCUCAGCAACAGAUUGCUGACCUCACCGAUGCUCGGGCCGUAGCCGACUAUCUUGAGUCCAAAGCGCUCUACAAGGACAAGAAGAAACAGGAAAAGCUCGCCCAGAAGAAUUUGCAGAAGCUCGAGCAGGAGGCCGCCCCAUCUCUGCAAGCUGUCAACCGGAAGCAAGAAUACCACGACGAAGUGGCGACCGUGGUUCGCAGACGCAAAGACGUAUUGCGGCGAGCGGAAGCCGGUGCAGAUGCGGCGCUCAACCGCAUCGAGGAUGCUGACGAACAGAUUAAGGCGGUAGAGGCAAGCAUCGAGACCAAUCGAAAGGGUUUCGAGGCCAAGAAGCAAGAGUUAGGCAAGAUUCGAAGCAAGAUAGGUGCUUUAGAGAACCAGAAGAAGAACAAGCCUCCCGAGUUUAAUGCUCAAGAACACAACUCUCAAAUCCGAGAGAAGGAACAUCAGCUUCGAGAACUCGAGGCUGACCAACGCCAAGCCGAGGGCAAAAUACGAGAAAUCAAGGAGCAGGGUCAUGCCAAGAUUCAAUCGAAAAACCUGCUUAAUCGAGAGCUUGAAGGGCUUGAUUCUCAGCAGGGUCAGGUGAUCAAUUUCAUCCAAAAGAAGUGGCCUGACGUGGCCAAGGGUUAUCAUUGGCUUCAGGAGAACGCCGGCAUGUUCGAAAAGGAGGUCUUUGGGCCGCCCGCCCUCUGCUGCUCCGUUAAGGAUGAACGUUUCUCGGAUCAGGUUCAAGCACUCCUACACAACGAUGACUUCCUCUGUUUCACGGCACAAACUCGGGAAGAUCACAAGAAGCUCAGUCAUUACUUGUACAAGGAACUGAGUCUCUCCGUCAACGUUCGCUCGAUUCUCAGACCACUGGACGAGUUCCGGCCUAAGUUGUCCCGGGACGAGCUCAACGCCCUUGGACUUGACGCAUUUGCACUUGACAUGUUGGUCGGGCCGGAGCCUGUUCUUGCAAUGCUCUGUAACGAAAAGAAGCUGAACGCCGCGGGAAUCGCUUUGAAAGAUGUCGACGAUGCUCAGUACGAGCGCAUUGCCCAAGGAGAAGUCAUCAACAGUUGGGCAACAGGCCGGCAGCUGUACAGAGUGUCUCGGCGUAAGGAUCUUGGGCCUGGAGCCGUUUCGACAAUGACCAGGGGCAUUCAACAAGGCAUGUUCUGGACAGACCAGCCAGUUGAUGAGGCCGAAAAGAAUGAAAUUCGGCGCAAGAUCAGUGAGGUUGAGGCCGAGUACGACAUCCUGAAAGCCAAAAACACAGAGAUUCGGGAGCAGAUGGCUGGAUUCGCUAGCGUCAGAAAAGAGAUCAAUGACGAUCUGAAAAUGCUCAGAGAAAGGAAGAACGAGCUUCAGAAAGCCCACAAUGCCUACCAGGGAAUUCCUGUCAAGCUGGAAACCGAGAAGAGGGCCUUGGACCAGAAGAAAACAGAAGUCGAAGAGGCGAGAGCAGCCAACCUGCAGCUAAGCUUCGAUCUCGACAACGCUAUUGUGCACAAGGCCAAGGCCACCCUCAAGCACCACGCAGCCAUUGCGGCCAUUCGGACAGCACAGGAGAUGUUGCUGGAGGCCCAGAUCCGCGAAAUUGAAGCCAAGUCUGACGUCCAAGGUCUCAAGGCUAGGAAUACUGAGUUAGUCCAGAUGCUGGAAGAGGAGAAGCGGAACAUUGUCGCCUUUAGCGAGGAAUCUCAACGGGCCAGACGGCGUGCCGAAGAAGCCCAAAGCAAGGUGAUUGAGAUCUUUGCGAGAGACGAAACCCGAAAGGACCUUCUCGAGGAGCUGGCAAGGAACAAGACGGUCGAAGACAUUGACAACGACAUCACUGCAAAGCAGACCAGCAUUGAGCUCAUCCAAGUCGCCAAUCCGGGGGCUUUGCGUGAAUUCGAAAAGCGGGCUCGAGAGAUUGAGAAGCUACGUUCGAAGAUGGAGGCGUCAACAACCAAGCUGGACCACCUGAAUCGCCAAAUCACAAAGAUUCGCGAAAAGUGGGAACCGAAGCUCGAUGAGCUUGUCAGCAAGAUCAGCGAUGCCUUCAGCUACAACUUCGAGCAGAUCAACUGUGCCGGCGAGAUUCGGAUCCAUAAGGAUGAAGACUUUGACCAGUGGGCUCUGGACAUUAUGGUCAAAUUCAGAGAGAACGAGACGCUCCAGCAGCUCAACCAGCAUCGCCAAUCUGGCGGCGAGCGAGCCGUCUCCACCAUCUUUUACCUCAUGGCCCUCCAGUCUAUGGCCCAGUCACCCUUCCGUGUGGUUGACGAAAUCAACCAGGGUAUGGAUCCCCGCAACGAGCGCAUGGUGCACGAGCGUAUGGUCGAGAUUGCGUGCCGCGAGCACACGUCACAAUACUUCCUCAUUACGCCCAAGCUGCUCACUGGCCUGCGGUACGACCCGCGCAUGCGCGUGCUUUGCAUAGCCAGUGGAACGCACAUGCCCAAGGACGGCAAGAAGCUCGACUUCGCCCGUUGCUUAAAGAUACAUAAGCGCGUCGCGGCUGGCGCGUAG